GGCUCGGGGCUGCGGGGGACAGCAAGGCUUGUUCGGUGAGGGAGUUUGCCAGGGCACUGGCACUGGGCGUGAAUGCUCGUGAGCCGGGCGCGCCCCGCGCGGGGUCCCGCUGGCGCUGGGGCCGGGCCUGCGGGGCGCUGCGCUGUUCCGGAGGUGUUGGAAGGGCUGGCAGGGGAGCACGGCCCCGUUCCACAACGUCCGUGCAGUCAAGGCGUGGUGUUGAUCUUCAGCCGCAGGGAGGGGCGUGUGUUUGUGUUGCUGGAGCUACGACAUCCAGCUCUUGCUAGAGGGGACGCAUGGCAGCUUCACUGGCUCAAAUUCCUCCUGAUGUGACUUCUUGUCAUUUAUUUUGAGCGUGCUCCAGAGUAGAGGACAUUUGGCGGCGUUGUUCAGUCCAGCUACUGAGAGCGGUCGCGUUUUGUGUUCAGAAAUCCUGUCUGAACAGCUGUUAUUUUUUUCAAUGAGCUUAGUCAAACAUUUAUGCAAUGUGGAAGCAGUGGUUGCAGACCUGGAGGAGGGAUACAGGGAAGCUGGAAGAGUGUAGAGGCGAACAUAAUUGCUGCAUCCCGCAAACCUGCAGCAGGUCAAGAAGAAUCCGAAAGUAACUGAGCUUGUUCUUUGGCAGUAGAUAGUCUAGGUCAGAAGUUGUUUAACCCUUUAGAACUUGUGGGGUUGUAAUAAUUGCAGGGAAAACUGCCUGGAAACAGGUUAAAAAACCCCAACAAGAUUCCUUAUGUUUCUAUGUGGACACCAGUUUGUUUCUUUUGGUGGUGGAUUUCAGUGCCUUCCUUGUCACCAGCACUUAGUACAGCAAAGCCAGGAUCAGCAUUACUGCAUUGGAAUGUUGAAUUACUGAUACGCUGUCUUCAGCCUGCUGGGAAACUGUGUCUGGAUGUGUAUCAUGUGGGAGUGUGAGCAUGCCCCCACCCUGGGGGAGAAAGGAAGGAAGGUAAAUGAAGUCUGAUAAGAAUUUUUUUUCAUGCACUGUCAGCAUUUUUAUUUCAUUUUGGAUUGUUUCUUGGUAGCCAAGGUUAUUGUAAUGCUCUGGAAAUAUGAAACUUCUCAAACAGGAAGAGAACGGGUGAAAUAUAUUACAGAUGCUUUUCUUAGGAAAUGACAGAUGCAUGAGAGUGCUGGAGGCUGUAGGGGAUUGUGUCGCUAGGGCUCUGUAUGCAGGCUGUUCUGGUAUAGCAUUUUAUGGCAAUAAAUGCUACAGAAUCAUCAAAUAAUUCAGAUUGGAAGGGAAUUCCGUAGGAUGUGUGAUCCAGCCUCCUUUUAGAGCAAGCCUGCUCAGAAUCUUGUCUGAUGUAGUUUCCAGGAUCUCUGAGGAUGAAGUUUCCACCACCUCCCCAGAUUCCUGUUGCACGUUUUGCAGGGCUUGCCUUGGCUGAAGAAGUCCCCUCAAUAAAAGACAUGUAAAAAAGGAGGAGAGAACAUGGGUCAGCAGUUCACCAGUGAUGUUUGGCAGAGAGAAGGGAUGUUAUACAUUAGUGAUGGUCCCAUCUGUCGAAUCUGUCAUGAAGGUGGAAAUGGGGAGGGACUUCUUUCCCCAUGUGACUGCACAGGAACACUGGGCACCGUGCACAAGAGCUGCCUGGAAAAAUGGUUAUCCUCCUCCAACACAAGUUACUGUGAGCUCUGCCACACAGAAUUUGUUGUAGAAAGAAGACCAAGACCUUUGACAGAGUGGCUGAAGGACCCGGGGCCCCGCAAUGAGAAGAGGACGCUGUUCUGUGACAUGGUGUGCUUCCUGUUCAUCACCCCGCUGGCCGCCGUCUCGGGCUGGCUGUGCCUGCGCGGGGCCCAGGACCACCUGCAGUUCAACAGCCGCCUGGAGGCCGUCGGGCUCAUAGCACUCACCAUUGCACUUUUCACCAUCUACGUCCUGUGGACACUGGUCUCGUUCCGCUACCACUGCCAGCUGUACUCGGAGUGGCGAAGGACCAACCAGAAAGUGCGCCUGAUGCUGCCGGCCCCGCGGAGCCCCCGCCCCGCGCCCCACCCGCUCCUCGCCGCCAAGCUCGGGAAGAAGAGCGCGGACGAGACCACCGUGUGAGCCGUGCCCAGGUGGGGCCAGGCGUCCCAGAGAGCCGGGGAACGGGGCUGCUGCGAGGGCGCUGGGAACCAGUCAUCCCACCCGAAGGGACUCUGCGCUCAGCACCUUGGCAAAGAGACACGUAAUCCACAUCUGGGUGUGAAAUGGCCCGAAAGAGCCUGAUGGCAGAAAAUGCCUGUCUGCAGGGACACUUUCCUAUAAUGAAAUACCAUACGUGGAAAACAUC